AUGGAAGCUCCAACCCUUGAUGCAAGCCGCAGCAAAGCCAUUCUGAUUGUGACUGCGAUCUUCUUGGCUAUUUCGCUCAUUAGUGUUGCGCUCCGCAUCUUUGUUCGCACGCGCAUUGUUCGUGCUUUUGGGUGGGAUGACAGUAUCAUGAUGGUGGCCAUGGGCCUCAACCUUGCCUUUGCCAUAUGUGGAAUACUAGGAAGCAAGUAUGGAAUUGGUAGGCAAUUGGCCUUUUUUGAACUUCAUCCGGACUACUUCCAUCGCGCAUUACUGUGCUGGUGGCUCGGCCAAAUCUUCUAUGUCUUGACCUGCGUCGCGGCCAAGAUCUCCAUCAUUAUCGCUCUCCUUCGAAUCACCGUCGAUCGCAUCCACGCCUACAUUCUUUACGCGGCCAUGCUCCUCGCCACUGCCGUCGGCCUCAUUUUCUUCUUCUUCACUAUGUUCCAAUGCUCGCCGGUCAACUUCUUUUGGAAUAUUCGACAGCCCGGGGCAGAGGGCACGUGCGUGAAUAAAAACACUCUCAUUUCCAUUGCGUACUUGUACAGUGUCGGCGCGGCGGUCACCGAUCUGACCAUUGGCCUCUUGCCCGUGGCGUUGAUCUGGAACUUGCGCAUGAAUCGCCGGACCAAGGUGGCCAUUGCGGGGAUUCUGGGCAUCGGUUGCAUUGCGAGUGCUGCGGUUAUUGUUCGCAUUCCGUUUGUUCAUCAUUACAAGGAUCUAGAGUUUUUGUACAACACUUACCAAAUCUCCAUCUGGUCGAAUGUCGAAGCAGGCCUCGGCAUUACUGCGGGUUGCCUCACUACCCUCAGACCUCUUGUCCGAUUUCUCCGCGACGGAUCCUCAAGCCACAGCCGAACAGCUCGGUCGUUUCCCCUUUCUAGUCAUGUCGCCGGGUUCCAUCGCACAUCACGCUCCCAUUCCAAAUUGACUUCGCAACACGAUGCCAACCAAUUGUGGACUGGAAGUGGCACGGAAGACCAUGGCGUGACUACGACUAUCAUGGGGACGGGGCGGGUUACAGCACCCAGUGGGAGCGAAGAAGAUUUGAAUCCGUCGCCGUGGAAGGUCGAGAGAUCGGUUCGCGUGUCUGUGCGGGAUUCAUGA